AUGUCAUUAGACUCUGCAUCCUUGUCAGACUGUAACAACACUAUUAACAACAGCAGCAGUAUCAGUAGCAGUGGUAGUUGUAACAGUAUUGAGGAUAACAUCAAUAACAAUUCAAUAUCAACUACGACUACGACGCGGCAUCAACAACAACAAAGACAGAAUAGUUCAAUACUCCAACAACAAUUACAGGAAACGACAAACGAUUCAGCUUGGACAUCGAGUGGAACACCAUUCUCUACAUCUUCAUCAUUAUCUGAUUUAUCAAAUAUAUCAACUGGUGGAGGCAACGAAGACUCAACACAAAUGGGAACACUGACAACAGGUGAGCGAGGCGGUUUCCAAAUCGACCUUGCCAAUCGAAACUUCACAAGGAUACCAACACGUCUCCCAGUCGACAAGGAGAGCAUUGAGUCCUUUAUCAUCAGUCUGAACAAGAUCACCACUGUCCCCGACACAUUCUAUCAGAACUUCACAAGUCUAUACUCACUCAAUCUUGAAGAUAACAAACUAAAGAAGUUGCCAAAGACACUAAAGAGGUUGCCAUGUCUACAGGUGUUGCGACUUGGAAGGAACAAAUUCAAAAAGAUACCAAAGGUUGUGUUGGAGAUGCCAACGAUUGAGACAUUGGACCUAUCACAUAAUCGUAUCGAAUCAAUACCAAGCAGAAUCAAUCAAUUGGUGGAGCUAAAGGAGCUCAAUGUAUCAUAUAAUCACAUUGUUGUACUGCCCUCGGAAUUGUCAGAGCUCACUCUCUUUGUUCUGGAUGUCACUGGCAAUGCAAUCUUGUCACCACCUCUGGAAGUUGUCGAGUUGGGUAUCGAGUCGAUAAUCGAUUACUUACUCGAGGCCAAACUGUCCAAGUCAGGAAGUGGCAGUGGAUCAAAACAACAAAGCAACAGCAGCAGCAGCAUUGGUAUGACUGGUGGAGCAAGUGCAGCGUCAUCAGUGAGCGAACAAGAACAACAACAACAACAACUUCAGAAGAAGGAAAAACGAAAGUCAGUUAUCAGGGAGCCAUCAUCAUCGUCAUUGUCAUCAUCGCAAUCAACAGCGAAGAAGUCAUCAGACUACGUACCAUUCAGCUUCCCCUCGAGACACCUUCGUCCCACCGUCACUGCCGAACCACAAUCACCAACGUUGUCAACAUCUCCAACAUCAAUAUCCAACACUGACUACACGCCCAAGCGAGUCAAGGCCAAGUCAUCACCAAAGAGAACAGAGUCCACAUUAUCGUCAGAUGGCUACGACUCAAUUCCAACCUCUGCUUCGAAUGAGAACUUCAAGGAUAGGAAGGGAUUGGUCAGCAGUGGCAGCAGUAGCAAGAGAGAGAGGAACAACACAUUGACGAGGAGUGCCGCUGGCAAGGAGGCCGGUCGCGCGUCCCUUGAUUCCGAUGAUCAGACAUCCUCCUCGUCGGAUGACCAGACCACCAUGUCCACUACCUGCUCGCUGGCCUCUGGAAUGCUUCCGCUCAAGUUGGACGGCAUGGAGCAGUCGCCCGAGGAGUUUGAGUUGAGCUCAUCAACAUCCAAUCCAAACACGCAUCCUUUGACACCAAGUAGCUCACCCCGAUCCAACUCCAGCUCCACUACCAAGCCAAUGUCACAGUCGUACAACAAUGUGACGAUUGGAAGGUCGUCAAAGAAUACACGUCCAGGUGCCGUGCUACAGAAGAUGGCAACCGUUCUGAACCUGUCGCGUCCAAUGACCAGGACGUUCACCAUCUCACCACCCGAGUCUGGCGCGUCGUCCACCACAUCCUCGCCCCCACAAUCACCAAGUAAGCAAGCCAAUGAAAGUGUUUCAGAGGCCACUAGCGAGCGACCAAGAGCCAGAGACAGAAGAGGAACGGUAGCAGCGUCUGAGAUGACCUGA